AUGGCGGAAUUCGCAUUCGAGCGCGGCGUCGACGGGCGCGCCGCCGUGGGCGACCUCGCGGGCGUCCUCGACGCCCUCGCGCGGGAGACGCGAUGUGGUGGCAUCGUCGCGCCGCGACGGGAGGGGCGCACGGCGCUGCAUCACGCCGCGCGCGCGGGAUCGCUCGCGUGCGUCGAGGCGUUGCUCGAGCGAGGAUUCGACGCCACGGCGACGACGGUGAGCGGACGCGCGACGGCGCUGCAUAAGGCGUGCGCGGGAGGGCACGCGAUGUGCGCGCGAGCGCUCGUCGCGGCGGGGGGGGACGCGCGGGCGAGAGACGUGGACGGGGAGACGGCGUUACACAAGGCGUGCGCGAGCGGCGACGGCGCGUGCGUGGACGCGGUGGGGCGAGCGUGGCCGGAGGGGGCGUGGGCGAUGGAUGCGCGCGGGCGAACGCCGAGAAUGUGUGCUCGGACGGAGGCGGCGACGCGCGCGAUCGCGGUGGUGGAGGCGUUGGCGCGCGAAUCGGGGGAUGAGAAUGAGAAGGCGUCGCGCGUAGCCGCGGCGUCGACGACGUCGGAGACGGUGGGUCGAACGUCAGAGACCGUCACCGCGUCGUCGCGUCGAUAA